AUGGAGCUUGUAGGCUCUACUUUAACGGCAACUUACGCCCACCCAAGACCAACACCUACUAACUUCCUACCAGCUAUCAGCACCAUGGCAUCGAGCUAUAAGAACCGGUUCCCUCACUACUCUUUGACCCAUAGCUUGAGCCUUCCAUGGCGACCCAGCACUUAUUAUAAAGUAGCAGCCAUCACUCCUACUUUGGCUCCCUUCUCCAAAAGUUCCCAAGGGUUAACCCAAAGCAAGAUGCUUCCCUUUGUUUCCAAUAGAACAGCACUUUUCACCAGGUAUACCCCGGAUGACUGGUACAGAUCCAACCUGACCAAUUACAAAGAGUCAGAGACAUCCCGGCACAGCGCAGAGAGGCUAAGAGUGGACACAUCCCGCAUGAUCCAGGACAAAGAUCAGCAAACAAGGAAAACCCAAACAGACACUACCAAAAAUUUGGGAGAACGGGUCAACGAUAUAGUAUUUUGGAAAUCAGAACUCAACCACGAGAUAGAUGAGAUGAUUGGGGAGACCAAUGCUCUCACAGACAUGAAGAAACGAUUGGAAAGGGCCUUGGCUGAAACAGAAGGUCCUCUCCAGGUAGCCCAAGAGUGCUUACUUCAUCGAGAGAAGAGGAUGGGAAUCGACCUAGUCCAUGAUGAUGUGGAAAAACAGCUGUUGACAGAAGUUGACGUCAUCAAGUCGUGUCAGGAGAGGAUGAAACGCCACCUGGAUAAGGCGAUAGCCCAGCUUGCAUCCGACAGGGCAGCCCAGCACGAGCUGGAGAAAGACCUUAGUGAUAAGCAAGCAGCUCACCGGAUCGAUGACAAGUGUCACCAUCUAAGGAACACUUCUGAUGGCAUCAGUUACUACAGAGGAGUGGAGCGGGUUGAUGCUACGAUCUCUGUGCCAGAGUCCUGGGCCAAGUUUACAGAUGAUAAUAUUCUACGCUCCCAGAGCGAACGAGCUGCCUCCUCCAAACUGAGGGAUGAUAUUGAAAACUUGCUGGUUGUGACUGCAAAUGAGAUGUGGAACCAGUUCAACAGAGUGAACGUCGCGUUCACUAAUCGCAUCUCUGAGACAGCGGAUGCCAAAAAUAAGAUCCAGACACAUCUGGCUAAGACGCUACAAGAAAUCUUCCAAACAGAGAUGACGAUAGCAGCCAUUCGAAAAGCCAUCAGAGACAAAGGGCCGCCAUUAAAGGUGGCCCAUACCCGCCUGGACGAGCGCACGCGGCGGCCAAACGUGGAGCUGUGCCGGGAUUCCACCCAGUUACGCCUGGUUAAUGAAGUCCAUGAAAUCGAUGACACCAUCCAGAACCUUCAGCAGAGGUUGAGGGACGCAGAGGACACCUUGCAGAUGUUGGUCCACACCAAAUCUAAUCUGGAGCAUGACCUGGCUGUCAAAGCCAACUCCCUGUUCAUUGAUCAGGAGAAGUGCAUGGGGAUGCGUAAGACCUUCCCCAACACUCUGAGGCUGGUGGGGUACGCAUAGGCCAAUAUAGCCCUGAAGCAGCUCCUGCACUGAUUAAUGAAAGCACAU